CUGUCUCGUGACGCUACUGCCCGCUUAACCAUUCGCAACCACUUGCCGGUGGCCGAAUGUACUCACUUUGGACAGCACAAGACAGCAAAGGCCCUGUCCGACGCUGUCAUUGCUCGCUACUCCUCCCCUGCCACUGCUGCUCUAGGCAGACUGCUACUGCCCUACCUGUUCCCUGAGCUGCCGGCUUUUGCCACCGUAGCGGACCUGGUUACCCACCUGCGCACUAGCGACACUCGCUACUGCGCUACCGUCCCUACUGAGGACCACUUUCUCUCCAUGGACCCAAACUCCCUCACUGUUGACCUCCUCGAGCAGCAUCUCCUCACAGCUGAGACUAGUGCAGUUGCUAUAGGUGCUGCUCAUGGCACUCCGCGCCCGCCCUUCUUUGACGAGUGCUCCCGCUCCCCCCUUUCCCCCUCCUUCGCCUCUGCUGCUGCUGCAGACGUCUCUGUUACUGAGGACGUCGGCGCUGCUUCGACUAGUGCGAAGCGCCGCAGCAACAAGGGCAAGGGUGGCCGGGGUGGUGGAGGUGGCAGCGGUGGUGGUGGAGGUGGCAGUGGGAGCGGUGGUGGGGGCAGCGGUGGAGGUGGUGGAGGCAGUGGAGGUGGUGGCGACGGUGGGACUGGUGGCGGCAGUGGGGGCUCUGGUGGCGGCGGUGGAGGCAGCGGAGGGAGUGGCGGCAGUGGAGGCGGUGGGACUGGUGGUGGUAGGUCUGGACCUCGGCAUGGAGGCCCUGGUGGUGGUCAGCGACAUCAGCAGCAGCGUCGGAGCGAGACCCAGUCGCCCCAGUAG